UCUAGUUCUCAUUUUUUCUAAUUCGAGUUUCCAUCGAGCCAACUGCUUCGUCAAAGCCUUCCGUUAAAAUCUCUCUGUAGCUUUGAGAGAGAUUUCGUGCAGAAGAUAUUCGUCUUCAGUCGUUCCGAGUGGUUCUCGCCGCAGGCUCGUUUGCUUUCAAAAUGAACGCUGCGCACCAUUUGACGGAGGAGCAAGCGGCCAAGCGCCGGAAGCUCCAAAAGUCUUUGACCGAAGACGUCACCGACAAGAUCUUGCGCAACCCAGUCUUAUCCUGGAUCGUGCCAGAGAAGGCGGUAUUCAUAUUUUUUCUAAACCAGUAGAGACCUGGGGAGAAGCUUUUACUUUUUUGCUGUAGAGUUCAAAUAGCGUUGUAGUUGCAUUGAUUUCUUUCUUUCCUCAAUCCUUUCCGUCAUAAAAUCAGUAGAGCUUUCUUCUUGGGUACUUGGUAUUUAUCCAAGCCAGUUGCUGUCUGUCUUCUCGACGAAUCGCUUCUCUUUUCACAGGAGCACCUCAACGUGACGAACGCUCUGAAGCGUGUGGUGAAGGUCCACAAGUACCGUCAGACGACUAUUGUAGCCUCGAUCGAGGGAAUCGCGAAUGGCAGCAUCCACAUGGACGAUAUGAGCGAGGACGAGAAGACCAUUAGGUCCGCUUUUCUCAAGCUCGGAGCAUUGAUGUUGAUGAUGCUCGGUGAGAGCGAGACCCGCAAGAUGGUGACCUGCGUGGUUCGCUGGAAGGAUACGAUUGCGGCUUCUACCUGGCAACGCAUUCACGUACUUUUCUCUCAUUUCUUGACUCUCGUAUUGGUUUUAAUAGGACGAGUGGACUCCUGGUUGUAGUGUUCUUCAACAUUGUGCAACAGUCUCGCGGUCGUAUAUCCUAAACAAAGGCCAGAGAUUAUUUUCGUCAUAUCGCAAAACAUAGUCACCAUGGAAAUCGUUUUCAUUUCUUCUUUCAUCAUUUACCCUGCGCACACUCGUCACGACAGACUUUGCUUCGCCGUAAAUGCGACCUCCUGACGUCCGCGCAGCAGGCUUUUGCGACGAUUGAGGAACUGCAAAAGGUGGCUAAGAACCACCCCGACCAGCUGAACGAGUGUGAAUAUCAUGCAGUGGUGGCAUACUGCAAAGGGGUGGCUCGUGACCGAAAGAGCGAGUCUGUGGAGUUGAGGAACAAAACGCCAGUGAUGAUCGCAGACUGGUUCAGAUUUCUCAUGCAAUUGCUUAUGAUAGUACUUGCGUGCUGGAGACCUCGGGCUAUCUUUUUGCACAACUAAGUCGGUCAAAGUUGUAGGCUUUUCUCUAGGAGUUCAAAAUGCUUAGAGAUUGAUCAGCUUAAAUCAACGCAAUCGAUUGCAAACACCGACCAUCGGGCAGAGUUCUUCACGUUUCUCUGAAUUGUCAACACAGGAACGAGAAGCACCAAUCGAUCUUCGGGGGAACCUUUCCGACUCUUCUGAAAUUCAGAGACGAGAUCAACAACUGUGUGACCAUGUCCAUUACGUACGACGACUUGAUUGGGCGCUUGCGCCAGCAAGGCAACGGCCCAAUUCGCGACAAUGCGCCAGAAAACAACUCCGCGUGGUACAUCUGGUCGAAAACCGUGAAGGUACUAGCUUUUCUGUCUAUUUUUUCGGAUGAUCUUGAAAAUUCAAGUCGUUGCUUCUUUCUUCGCCUCAUGUUCUACUCGAUUAUCACAGAUGCUGGAGGAUGCGCAGCUUGAAGUUGUGGCGCAGGCUUUCAAACGCGCGCUCUUGUGCUUGUUCAACACCACGAACGACCCGGGCCUUCACCCGGCCACUCUGUCAACCUAUGCCGCUAAGCUGAAACCGGUCUACGACAAGCAGCUGAUGCGCGACUGCUUCGAGGCGCUGAGUCGCAACGUCACCGACUUGGCUACCUGGGUACUUUCUAGAGCUUACACCUGUUUCGGUAAUGUUCGUCUAGAGGGUUUCGAGGUUUGAAGAUUUUCUUGCAAUUUUAGCAACAGAACCUCAAAAAUUGAUGCUGUUUGUCACAAGAAUCUUGGUAGUUUUCGCCAUGGAGAUGAGAGAGAUACACCUUCAGUCAUUUCCUCACUUCUUUGCACAUUGCUGUGCUGUAGUUUUCUCCUACCCUUUCUCCAGGUGGACGACGGCAUGCGCAACGGUCUCUGUCGUGUUUGCGAGUAUUUUACCGAUGAAAACGUGGCAAUCCCGGUGCAGAUUCGUGUCAUGCGUACUACCAUGGAGAACGUUCGUGUCGCCUAUCAGCAGGGAGGUCACACGAGCAAGAAGGGCACGUCCUUCUUGAAGGACCACGCUUCUCAGCCGUUUAUCGCGCUAGUGAAGGCGCAGAUGCAGUCGGAGGCAGUACGCGAGCACAACGAGACGGUUGACGCGCUUGCCAUCUUGGCCGAAUACCUCAAUGAUGAGCAUGCGAGUCCCUUCAACGCUCCCGCGGUGACCCAUUGGAAGGCCAAAUUCAAGGUCACUCAGCCGAAGACCUGCGUCGAACGCAUCAACACUCUGGUGCACUUCUUGGAGAAGUUCACAGGCGGCGCACCCAUCGGUGAUCAAGAUCCAGCGAAAGCCUGCGGAUACCGCGAUGACAUCGAGCCACUCCUCAGGGAGCACUCUUUGUUGGACGGACCUUUGAGAGCCUUUCUCAAAGCGUGGGUCACGAGCCGCGACAGAGUUGCUGUCAACGUCUGCGAGAACGCUAUCGCUACUGGUAUGAAGAUACUUAGUCUAAUCGUUGUAGUCAUAAGUCUCCGGGUACUAGAGUUCCUGUCAUGACCAAGCAAGUAUCUUCGUGUCUACUACUGGGCUUGCUUAUUAACCUCUGGUCGACCAUUCUUUUCCAGGUACCAAAGCUGACGCCGAAAUCGGAUUCGCUGCCCUCUCGGAUACUUGGCAUGACCUUGCCCCUCAAGUCCAAAACGAUUUUGCAACUCGAAUCGCCAAGAUGGGAGCUGCGCAAGCCCAACAAGGUCCCCCGCAGGUCGCUGCAGCAGACAACAGCUUCUAA